AUGCACUGUUGUCACAGAAUUCUUUGCUUCCUUCAUAUCUUUAUUGCAAUAACUUAUGCACAAAUAUUGUACCAAUGUAACUUUGACAAUAGUACAAUAUUAACUUCAUGUCUCAAACCAGAACAACUUGCUGGAUUGCUUAUUAGUGAAAAUUUGGGAAGUGCUGGUAUACAACCACCUAUUUCACCUCUUUCUGAUGUCACAUCUAGUCUUAAACCAACAACUAAUGGUGAAUCAUGCAGUCUACCUUAUAAACUCAACUCUUUUACUUGGGAUAUGUACUUUUGUAAUGAGGGUUAUUGUGAAACAUCAACAGACUCAACUUCAAAAUGUUCUGCAGGCAAAUUUGGAUACUUUAAUUUUCAAGCACCAAGAAAAGUUAGUUUCACUCUGAAUACUGCAUCAGGUGGUACAAGUGGUACCGAUGACCAAUGUCUCAUCUAUUAUUAUUAUUUAUCUAACGUAACAGGAACAGAGCAAAGCAUCACAGCACGCAAACAAGAAGUAGGAGACAUUAGUGAAACAAUCGAUAGUGUAGCAAGUAGUCCAUAUAAUGGAUGGAUAAAGCGUUCAGUAUCAUUUCAUACUUCAAAGGAUGGUUAUAAAAUCUACUUUGAUUUUGAGAAAGUCCUUGGAUCAUCUGUUCUUACUACUGUAAUUGCUAUUGAUGAGAUAUCAGUACGUCAGGGCAACUGUCCUGACUCAUUCACUUCUCAAUGUUCAACAACAACCAUACCAAUAUCGACUACAACAACGUUUUCUACUCCAGUAGUGACGCAUACCACUUUUACUUCAAGUGCUAUAUCUACAAUAAUACCUUCAACUGAAUUGGAGACUACAAGUAAUAAUAUUACUUCUAAUAUGACUCUUAUAUUCAUUUCAUUUACAACUAUACUUCUAGAUGCCACAUCAGCAUCAAGUUCACAAUUCAUCUCAGAUGCGACUUCAACUUCAGCAACAUAUACAUCUAUGAAGACAUCAGUCGAAGUUGUCACACAGACUGACAUCACUAAUCCUUUUAACACAACUGCAAUAUCGAGUACACAAACUACACCAUCUGUGAAAGUUUAUAUUAUAGUUUUAGCAACUGUCAUUCCUAUUGGUACAGUUGCAAUCGUCAUCCUAAUUCUAUGGCUUAAAAAGCCCAUGCCAUUUAAAAAAUCAAAAGUAAAUGUGCUUGAAAUGAAUCAAGUGACACCAGCACCCAUAUAA